AUGCAGCCACCAACCGUCCAGGAAAUCGUCGACAAGCCGCGGCUCCAAUCCUCCCACCCCAGCCUAUCCGAGCCUGGUCCUUCAUCGCCGCCCUCCUUUGGAGGCCCCAAUGACAUGAUCCACCGUCACCGUCUGAUGCUCUGGAGUGCGCCGCCCACAAACGUGCUGCUGAUCCAGAAAGUCAAUGACGAGCGCACGCGCAUGGCCAUGAGUGAGGUGCUCAAGCACAUAUCUGAGAAAUAUCCCCAACUCAACCUCAUCGUCGAACCCCACACGGCGCGUGAGAAUCCCGAGUUUGACGACCUGAUUGUGGUCGAGCCGCAGGACACGCACCUCCUUCCAGCUCAUACCCACCUCGUCCUCACCCUCGGCGGUGACGGUACCGUGCUGCACGUCUCCAACCUCUUCUCGUCCGGCGAAUGUCCCCCAGUGCUAUGCUUCUCAAUGGGCAGCCUGGGUUUCUUGCUGCCCUUCCACAUUGACGCCUUGCCACGCGCAUUGGAAGGAGCCCUCACUGGCCCCGUGACGUUGCUCAACCGCUUGCGUCUGGCAGUACACCCACUCAAUCCUGAGGGAGGUGUUCUGGACCGAUGUGGCCGAGUCGCAGACGAAGGAUGGCAAGUCAUGAACGAGGUGACGCUGCAUCGAGGUCGGCACCCACACUUGACUGUGGUGGACGCAUACUUUGACGGGCAACACUUGACAGAGGCGACAGCCGACGGCCUUCUCCUUUCCACCCCAACGGGAUCGACAGCGUAUUCGCUCUCCGCUGGCGGCCCGAUCUCACACCCCGAGACGGACGCACUGCUCCUCACCCCCAUCGCGCCACGUUCACUCUCCUUCCGCACCGUCGUCUUGCCUGGCAAGGGCACCGUUCGUCUCGAGAUCUCGCCUCGUUCCCGGUCCCCUGCGGAGCUGUCCAUUGACGGUCGCGAGGUCUGCGAGCUGGGCGCGCACGAGUCGGUUGUGAUUCGCAAGUCGCCAUACCCCAUCCCGUGUAUCGAGCGGCCAGGCGGUGGAAGCUGGGUUAGAGAUAUCAAUUCGCUACUCCAGUUCAACACAGGCUUCAAGAACAAGAGUCUCAUGAAGUACCACAGUUAG